AUGGGCCAGUUGGCCCGGCGGAGCCAGCAGACCGUGCAGCGGUGUGGAACCGGCAUUUGUAUGGAGGCGGCCCGGACCGAGGCCGGACAGACCCCAUACCGGCCGCUCCAGGCGUACAUGGAUGAAACCAGUGUCCAGAAGCAUGUGCAGGCGUGGCAGCAAGUGUUGGGCUUCAUUGCACGCACACAGGCCACCCAGGCCGGACAGGGCAUGCAGGAGUGGUGUGGCCCACUGCCCGUGUAUGGGAUGACCGCGCGGCAGCAGCGGAAGUGGCAGAUGUUGUGGCAGCUUGCCAUGCCCACCAUGGUGAGGCCCCAACAGGCGCCCCAUCGAGCCCGGGCUCGGGCGGUCCAUAUGUUCCCCGGGGCCGGUCGGAUCCUAGAGCAGGGUGGGAACCCCGGCAGUUAUCGGGCCACAGAGGGGCGUGGGGUGAGCCCCGGAGAUCAGCCCACAGCCGGGCAUGGGGUGAGCCCCGAGCAUGUGGAAGAAGCAGAGGAGACUGGCAAUGCAGGCAGCACCGAGCCGGCAUGGAUGAUGAGCCCAAUGGAGCGUGCCUGCUUGGAGUUUUGCAUUGAGCUGCUCAACCAGCGCCACCGUGCCCAUGAAUAUGAAAGCCCCCUUGUGUGUGCCAUGGCGGUGCUCGGCUGGGGGAGACUGGGUGGCGUGAUCCCGACAGUUACCCCCCCAUUUUAUCGCGGAUGA